AUGCGAACACUCACGCUGAUGUCUCUCUUGAUAGUUUCCACAAGCCUUCUGCUUUUAUCACUCACGUCGAUUGUACUGCAUCAGCCUGCCGCGGCUGCGCCUGUGAGGCCAACUAAGGCCAGCAGCAAAUCGCGCACAGCUACAGGCCCAUUCUCCGGAAACUCAAUCGGCAGCAGCUCUACUGUGAAUGUGAAUCCAAUCGCUGAACCUCAAUGGGAGAAGGAUUACUGGCCAGUUCAAGACAAAACCGACCGUACUUUCUACGACGCAAAGUUCUCACUUACAUCAGUCACGAGUGAGGUUUUCCCGGACUGCACAGACGUUGAAUCAGUGAGUGAAGCCGAACAAGAUCUCGAGUGUUUUUCGAGGUGUAAUAAUUCACGCACAAGUUACGCGAAUGCAUUCGUGAAUGAUAUCAUGCUACGCAACGUCUUCAGGUACUCAACGCUAUGCUUGCAAGAUACGGCUAUUCAUAUUGAGGAUCAGAAUUUCAAGCAUUAUUCACGCCUCAACAAAAGAGUUUGCUCUUGGCAAUGCACGUGUAAGAUUUUUCACGUUAUCGAAAACAUUCGGAUGCCUCAAUUCUCUCUCAAUGGUCAGGUCUAUGAGCUCUCACCAGAGAAGAGUCAGUCUUACUGGCAGAGCUUCUUUUGGCCCUACAAGGUCGGCUCGCGUUGUACUGUUGACGACAUACAACAGAGAUAUCUAGGAGCACGUCCAGCUCGAGAAGGAUCUGUUGAGGCGCAGAGUAAGCUGAUCAGCCCUACCUGGCAGAGACGAUGCGAGGACAUUCUGCAAAAGCGCAAAGCUGUUUCUCAGAAAUAUAUUGAGGAACAAAAGUCCAAGCGCUGUAAAUGCGAGCGACGACCAGGCACAAAAGCCCACCAGUAUCUUCCUAACUACUGCAUACCAGGCAAAUUGGUUGAUAAGUCGCAAAAACCGGGCAUUCCUCAGAACGUGUCGACCGAAAAUCAGCAAAUGUGCCCCUGGACACCAAUUAUGAACCCUCUGGACGGCAAUGCAGCCCAAUCUUCGGGUUCAGGGCAGAUGCCAUCAACCCUCAGCCACUAUCCGCAAUCGUCACACCAAGCAGCUGCAGCUGAAUCAAGCCAUCGAUUGACAUAUGAGGAGCAGAUGAUAUUGUGGUCGAGGGAGUUCACCAAAUUUAUGAGCUUGUUCCCAAACGAUCAAGGGGUUCCUGAGCACAUGAACCAUGGACCUGCUGGUCCGCAAUGUCCACCGUACAAUCCACUCAACUAUCUCCAAGCAUACGGUCAGUGUCAGUCCACUCCGAUCACUGGAGAGUCAUCAGGGCAAGGAAAUCCCUCGCAGCAUUACGACCAUACAGCCGUCCAACAGCGCCUAGAGGCUCAGAAUGGCCAGCAAUGCAAUGACUAUUGGCCUGAUUGGCCUCAGUACGACCAGGAUGAUGUUGACGGUAGUGAUGAUGGGAAUGGCAAGAACAAUCGACCGGGGGCAUAUAUAUAG